AAAUCUAAUAGACUACAAAAACUCAAAAAAAAAAGAUGACUCCUAUGUUUUACUUUCUUGUUGCCUUAACCACUGUUCUGGCCGUGGCCGCACAAGACCAAGUCAAAUUUGUUCUCGACUCUAAUCGUUUUCCCGUCGAAUACAACCAAAGUUACUACGCCGUCCCAAGGCUCGGUGGCAGCCUGAAUCUCUCCUCCCGUGGUGACAAACAAUGUCCCCUCUAUGUCCAACGGCAAAUUUCGCUGCUCGGUAAGGGCAUUCCCAUAAAAUUCUCAACCACCAUAGAUGCUUACCACGUUCCUCAACAUGAAAGUCUCUACAUCGAGAUGGACACCGUCCCCACGAACAGCAGCUGCAGUCAAGAAUCCUAUUGGUGGGCAGAUAGGUUCGUAGCGGUUGGUCCUAAGCAACAAGAUUUGUCUAAGAAUUCUUUCCAAAUCGUCGAACAGUUUCUUCCAGGUGUUUGGGACCAUUAUUACCAUAUUUACUAUUGUCCUACAAGUGACUCUUGCAAAAAUGUAGGGGUGACUUUGGAUGAAUUUGGCACUCCGCGUUUGACUGUUGGCACUUUUGAGAUAUUCUCGGUUAAGUUCGUGAGAAAUGAUUAAAGACUUUAAGAAGAAAAGAGUUAAAAAAUGCGAUUAAUAAUAAUAAUAAUACUCUAUCUA